AUGGAGGAAGCAAAGGGAGUAGUGAAGCACGUAUUCCUGGCAAAGUUUAAAGAAGGAAUCUCAUCCGAUGAAAUCGACAAACUCAUCAAGGGUUAUGCUAAUCUUGUCAAUCUCAUCGAACCUAUGAAGGCUUUCCAAUGGGGCACAGAUGUGAGCAUUGAGAACAUGCAUCAAGGUUUCACUCAUAUCUUUGAGUCUACCUUUGAGAGUACGGAGGGCAUUGCAGAGUACUUAAGCCAUCCUGCUCAUCUUGAUUUUGUUGCCCUCUUGUUCCCUGCUUUGGACAAAGUAAUUGUGUUUGACUACAAGCCCAUCUCCUAUAUUGUUUAA